AUGCCACAGGGAACCGGCAUCCAACCAGAGCUGGAUCGUGAGACCACGGGACUUUUGACCCAGACGGUUCUGUCUAGUCCGGUCAUUCAAUGGAUUCUUCCUGCGCGUCUGCGGAGUAAGAAGCUUAACGAUGUUGUAUUCGUGGGGCACCGGCGACUUCAGAUCAAAGAAGCAGCCAAUGGUGGCUAUCUGGAAGACGUGAUGGAGAUGUCAGACUUUGACGGGACCAUAGUAUCGGCAAAAGUUCUCGAUAUAGGCUCGCCAAUUCCUUGGGAACAGCAGUUGAAGAAUGAAGGGCCGGCUUUGAGGGGUAAUGGUUAUAUCGACCAUCAUGAUAACCUGCCUUCCCAAAUUCUCGUCCUUUCUCUCGACUACAAAGAACUCCUUUUCCUAUGCUGUCCACGUGGCCCCAUAUCGUCAAAACCAGAAUUUAUAACCUAUCGUCGCCCUCUGCCAGUUGAUGUGAGCUUGGCCGAGAGAUAUGGCAAGCACGUCGCCGUUGAUCCAAAAGCCCGUGCGGUCGCAGUUGGGGCAGCAAGCAAUUACUUCGGAAUUUUACUCCUUAAAUCACCUGGCGUGAUUGAUCAACAAGUCUUCUUGGGUGAGCUAGAUCCAAUUGAGAAGGAGAGCUUUUACAGAAUUGACGGCAAUAUUCUGUUCAUGGAGUUUCUGUACCCAAGGACACCUUCAGAUGAGAAAAUAAUCCUACUUCUCAUUGUGGCUAGAGAUGGCCAGACCUUUGCUGAGAUCUACGAAUGGAACGAGAAAGAUUCAUCCUCUUUGAAUAACCCGCGCAAAAACAAUUUCAGGCUCCACAAGGAGGACAGGUUGCCGAGCACAAUUGUCCCAUUGACCAAAGGGUCUGCCUUUUUGGUCAUUAGCUCGUCGUCUAUGGCAGUCUACCCUCGCAGUGGCCCCUCAAACCGGAUCGGUUAUGAGCCGAUUAUUCCCGAUGGAGAUGUCAUAAAAGAGGUUUCUCUCUGGACUCGAUGGACAAGGCCUGCACGCAACUGGCUUUACAGUCAGCAAAAAGAUGGAAUUUAUCUCGCUCGAGAAGACGGUUGGAUUCAUCUCCUUGAGUUCGGCAAUGAGGGGAAUCUCGAAAACCACUGUACUCUAGGCCAAGUUCAUAUUCAUGUCGACACCGGGUUUGCCUUCCUUGACAUGGGCCAUGAAGGUUGCGACUUUAUCCUUGCAUCUGGGAACAUGUCUGACGGUGGACUUUUCGAAGUCGAGGCCAGAUGUCCCCCGAGAUGUAUACAGCAAUUCCUCAACUGGGCUCCCAUUAUCGACGCUGUUAUGGUUCCGGAUUCUAGGGACGGAUUGGGACUAGACGUGCCUCGCAAACGCCUUUUCGUUAGCUCUCCGUCUUCGAAUGGAGCGCUUCAUGAGCUCCGGUAUGGGAUUGAGGCCCGAUUGGGUACCACAACUCCUCUAGAGCAAUUCUUGAGCAUCCGAGAUAUGUGGGUGAUGAUCGACGAAGUGAAUCUUGAAAUCUACGUGCUGCUCUCAGAUCCUCUCUCGACACUCCUACUUUCAAUGAAGCCAAACAUGGAGGAAGGGAUCACUGCCCUACACGAAGAGGACACGGGAUUUGAUAAUGCUGCUCAAACACUUUCAGCCGGCUGCACCCCCGAGGGUGUGCUUAUCCAAGUGACAGAAAAGGCCACCCACUUGUUCGUCCCUGGAAUGAUGUCUUUGAACACUAGUAUUCCUCAUGAACCCGGAUCCACAAUUGCUGCCGUUUUUGUGGAUGGACCGAGUUCAGCGGUAGUCACUGCCGUAAGGUAUCAAAACAGACUAGGGCUUCAAUUCAGCCAACUCGUUGUUACACCAGACGAAGCUCGACUGAAUUUGGGACCACUAUUUGAGAUUCAGAGGGAGCCUGUAUGUCUCUCGAUCAAUACAUUUGAGGCAGCAGGAAGUGGCGGCCUCAUAUUCAUGGGCACAGGUGAUGGCAAUGUGAUGGUAUUCAGGGUUGAUAAUGGGAAUAUUUCAUUCCUUUUGGAGCAGCAGUUAUCCAUCGAACGAGAUCAAGAUAUCUCUAAUGCGGUCGAGAGUCUAGCCAUGAUACAAGUCGCCUGGGAAGGAAAACCACAUGCAUUUCUACUUUGCGGUCUUCGAAGUGGUAUACUGGUCCCGUUUGAGAUCGGGUUUGAGAAUGGCAGCAUAAUAGGUUUCAAACAGCAAAAGUCAUGGAACAUUGGAAGAACCUCCCUCCGACUUCAAAGUCAAGGUUCCUUUGCCCUGUUCACAUGUGGUGAUGAACUCUGGAGGGUGUCAUACAGUCCUAACCUUCCAGGGGAAUGUCUUCUUUGGCGAGUUUGGAUCACAGACCAGAUUAGCCCUGCCUAUUCCCCCGUGACAUUACAUGGUUUUAGUUUGGCCAAUACUCGCGGGCAAGAAACAGCACCGAUCCUCGAGAAUCUCUAUUGCUUUGCAGAUGGUGAUCUUCUCAUCUGCUCGCUAACUCAAGAGGCCAAAAUGGUUCCUCGAAGGAUUGGCUUACCCGGGAAUCCUAGCAAGCUGGCGUAUUCCGAACAUCUCAGGAGUCUCAUCGUCUCAUACAAUAUCACCGAAAUAGAGGAUGAGCAAGCCCCUCUUGAGAAAACCACACGAUCAUACCUCGACUUCGUGGAUCCAAACCUACAAACAAAUCUGCAGCCGAACAACGAAAGAUCGUGGAAAGGUCACAGUGCCGCCGGAGAGAUAAUCACUUGUAUUCUGGACUGGGUUUUCGAAAAGGACGGUAAUAAAUUUCACCUUAUCGCUAUUGGAACUUCGCUUGCGGCACUUGAUUCUGACGAGCCUCCCAAGGGGCGAGUCAUCAUCAUGCGAGCAAGCGCAUCUCCUGCCAACCCCUCCAGAAUUGAAUGUGCAACAAAGCAUGUGCACGAUAUGCCUGGCCCUGUGCGGGCAAUAGCGCCUUACGGGGAUAGUCUGAUAAUUGGGGCAGGGAAAGUAAUCAUUCCACUGAGUUCUAAGGGUGCUACUACACGAUGGGCUCCAAAUUUUUCACGGCCAGCUCCAUCCUCUGUAGUUGGAAUCACGACUUACGAAUCCUUUGUCUUCGUCACAACAGCACGUAACGGUUUCCUCGUCUACGAAGUCCAGGAUGGGCGCUUGAUCAGCCAUGCCUGGGAUCUACAGCAGAAUGAUGGAAUGGCCCACCAGAUCUGUCUUGGGGAAAAGCCCAUGGUGUUCUUGAGCAGCCGUGGCGGACGGAUUCGAGCGCCUUUGCUAUCACCAAGGGAUUUCCGCGACCGAGGUUUCACGACGCCACUAACGGCAGAGAACAAGCUGCCCGACUCCAUUCUCAAGUUUGUCUUGGACUCAAGAGAUUCUUCCGAUUCGAACUCGCUUUCGCGUGUCUCUGGUUGGUCCAAGGGAAGCGCCGUUUACGGCUUCGCUCUCAGUGGUGCACUCUAUCGAUUCCAGGUCGUCAAAAAGGAUGAAAUGACCUUACUAUGGCUUUUACAAGUUAUCUGUCUUCGUGGUGAAACUGGUCUCAGAUCGCGGCAUUCUGGAUUUAGGUCCAGACGACGACGAACGGCCUCGUAUAGAGAACCAGAGAAAGACAACACUCAGGUUGACGGGGAUGUCCUGGGUCGGCUAGCCCAGCGUGGCACGAAGGCGUUUGAGGACUUGGUAGCAUCGCUAGACUCUUCUCCUGAAGAUUCAGCAAUGUCAUUCCAGAAUCGACUACGAGAUUUAGCGUAUUCGGUGUUGGACGUUGAUGAUGAGCAUUAUCUCAAGUCCAUCAUGGCAUGGCUCCAGCGACUCCUACAUGUUACCAUCUGA